CAGCCACCUAAGAUGAAAUGGACACGGUGAAGGCCCACCGCCAUUCCAACGCGAGCAUCCGAUUUACAGCUUCUCUUCGAUCCUUCGCACUAUAGCCUUUCUUCCUGUAAUCAAGCAGUCUCUCGACUCAUCUCCGUCGAUGGCGGGAAUUUUAGCUCGUCGGUCGCUCGAAGUUCUCCGCUCUAAACAGGCGGCGGUUCGAGCUGGAACAAAUGCAUCAGCCAUAUAUGCACGAGGGCAUGGUUUUACUUCACAUUCUAGACAUACAAGAUUAAUGAUUAAAGCGGAUGAGGAGAGAGAGCAGAUUGCAAAGGAAAUUGCCAAAGACUGGAGUUCUGUUUUUGAUCGUACUAUAAAUACACUAUUCCUGACCGAAAUGGUUCGUGGUCUCAUGCUGACCCUGAAAUACUUCUUUGAGAGGAAAGUCACCAUAAACUAUCCUUUUGAGAAAGGGCCUCUUAGUCCAAGAUUCCGUGGUGAACAUGCUCUUCGCCGGUAUCCUACUGGAGAGGAGCGAUGCAUUGCUUGCAAGCUUUGUGAAGCUAUAUGUCCAGCACAAGCAAUCACAAUAGAAGCAGAAGAGCGUGAAGAUGGCAGCAGGAGGACCACAAGGUAUGAUAUUGACAUGACCAAAUGCAUCUAUUGUGGCUUCUGCCAGGAAGCUUGCCCUGUGGAUGCCAUUGUCGAAGGUCCAAACUUCGAAUUUACCACUGAAACACACGAGGAGCUGCUGUAUGAUAAGGAGAAAUUACUUGAGAAUGGGGACAGGUGGGAAACUGAGAUUGCCGAGAACCUCAGAUCAGAGAGUCUCUACCGUUGAGCUUCAGCUUAAUUUGUUUCUCUUGUUCUGAACUUGGAAAUAAGGCAACUCGCUUGUUUAGCCUAAACCUUACCUGUCUUCUCUCAAAAUUUUCUUUUGUUUACAUCCUUAACGGAUCAAUAUUUCUGUAAUUUAUAACUUGGUCUUUUGUAGAGAGGGAAUGAUAGGCAAUAAUUUGAGCUACAUUUGUUUCAAAAGUUUUUUUUUUUUUUCCUUUAUGGAGGAACUACAUUUGCUUCAUUUCUUUUGGAGAAACGCUUUGAGAAUCAUGUAAUUUUUAUGGCCUGGUUUGGGGCAACGGAUAGUUUGCUUGGUUAUGGUGUAGUUGUCUUCAGGGUUGAAUGCUAUGAAGAUUAAUGUUUCUCUAUGGAAAUCAUUAUUGCUGCAUCAA